GGAUAGUUAAGAUGUGGAAGUUGAAGAUAGCAGAAGGAGGAAAGAAGUUGGUUUCAGGGAACAAUUUCAUAGGAAGACAACAUUGGGAGUUUGAUCCAAAUGCAGGAACACCACAAGAGCGUGCCGAGGUUGAAAGGCUGCGCCAAGAAUUCACUAAAAAUAGAUUUUCCAUCAAACAAAGCUCUGACCUCUUAAUGAGAAUGCAGCUCACAAAGGAGAACCAAUGUGGAGCAAUACCAGAAGCAGUGAAAGUGGGAGAAGAAGAGAAGAUAACAAAAGAAGCAUUGAUUACAACAAUGAGAAGAUCUCUCACUUUCUUUUCUUCUAUUCAAGCACAUGAUGGUCACUGGCCUGCGGACUUUUCUGGCCCUUUGUUUUUCAUUCAACCUUUGAUAAUGGCAUUAUAUAUUACAGGAUCCCUUAAAGAAGUUAUAGGAGCAGAACACAAGAAAGAAAUAAUUCGAUAUUUGUAUAAUCACCAGAAUGAAGAUGGAGGAUGGGGGUUCCAUAUAGAAGGCCACAGCACAAUGUUUGGAUCAGGAUUGAGUUACAUUGCAUUGAGAAUUCUUGGAGAAGAACUUGAAGAUCAUGAAGACAUGCCAAUGGCCAGAGCCAGAAAGUGGAUCCUUGAUCAUGGUGGUUUAGUGACUAUUCCAUCCUGGGGAAAGUUCUGGGUUUCGGUGCUUGGAGUUUAUGAGUGGUCAGGUUGCAAUCCAUUUCCACCAGAGUUAUGGCUUCAACCCAAAUUCAGUCCUUUUCAUCCAGGAAAAAUCAUGUCCUAUUGUCGGAUGCUUUACAUGUCCAUAUCAUACGUAUAUGGGAAGAGAUUUAUAGGUUCUAUUACUGGCUUAAUCAAGUCUCUUAGAAAAGAAAUGUACAACCAACCUUAUGAUCAAAUUAACUGGAACAAAGCCAGAAAUACUAUUGCUAAGGAAGAUCUAUAUUACCCACAUCCUUUAAUACAAGAUGUGUUAUGGGGAUUUCUCUAUCACAUUGGAGAGCCCUUGCUAAAUCGGUGGCCCUUUUCAAUGCUUAGACAGAAGGCACUUCAAAUUACAAUGAAUCAUAUACGAUAUGAGGAUGAGAUUAGUAACUAUCUUUGCAUUGGAGUUGUAGAGAAGGUGUUAUCUUUGAUCGCAUGUUGGAUUGAAGAUCGCAACUCAGAGGCAUACAAACUUCAUUUAGCUCGAAUUCCUGAUUAUUUUUGGGUUGCUGAAGAUGGUUUAAAAAUUGUGGGUAUCGGUAGUCAAAUGUGGGAUGUAGCUUUUGGUAUAGAAGCAAUACUUGCUUGUGAUCUUAAUGAAGAAUUUGAACCUACACUUAGGAAAGCAUAUGACUUCUUGAAGGCUUCACAGGUUCUUGAAAAUCCAUAUGGUGACUUCAUGGCAAUGCAUAGACAUAUUUCAAAAGGGGCGUGGCCAUUCUCAAUACAUGAUCAGGCUUUACAAGUUUCUGAUAGCACUGGAGAAGGGUUAAAGCUGUCGAUCCUGUUGUCAAGAAUGCCAAUUGAAAUUGUUGGGGACAAAGUUGAAACACAAAGACUAUACGAUGCUGUGAAUGUUAUUCUCUCCAUACAAAGUAGUAAUGGCGGUUUCCCUGCUUGGGAGCCUCAAAGAGGCUAUCAAUGGUUAGAGAAAUUCAAUCCAACAGAAUUCUUUGAAAGCGUUAUCGUUGAGAUGGAUUACGUAGAGUGCACAUCAUCGGCACUGCAGGGCUUGCUUAUAUUUAGAGAGCAAUACCCAAUGCAUAGAAGACAAGAAAUAGAUCACUCUAUUUCCAAGGCAAUCCAUUUCAUUGAAAACUCACAAAAUUCAGAUGGCUCAUGGUAUGGUUGUUGGAGUAUUUGUUAUACCUAUGGCACAUGGUUUGCUGUGGAAGGACUAAAAGCUUGUGGAAGGAAUUACCAUAAUAGUCCUUCGUUGCGCAAAGCAUGUGAAUUUUUGUUGUCAAAACAACUUCCUAAUGGUGGUUGGGGUGAAAGUUACUUGUCAAGUCAAAACAAGGUAUAUACAAAUCUAGAAGGUAACCGUGCAAACUUAAUUCAAACUUCAUGGGCUUUAUUGUCACUUAUUGGAGCAGGACAGGCUGAGAUAGAUGCUACACCCAUACACAAAGGAAUAAAGUUAAUAAUCAAUUCACAAAUGGAAGAUGGAGAUUUUCCACAGCCGGACUCAACAGGAGUGUUUUUCAGAAACUGUGUCAUAAACUAUGCAUCACAUCGUAACAUAUUUCCUAUAUGGGCUCUUGGAGAGUAUCGGCGCAGAGUGUUGCAUGCAUGAUAGUGUAAGCAUAAUUCAUAAGAAUAUUUUCAACUUUCUAUUAUUGAUUCCAUAGUCAAUUUACAAAUGGUAAUGUAUCAGUUAUAAUGUAAACCUUGUAUUUGAUUAUUUCCAAUG